CUGGUGUUGUUUGGUACAUGUGAGAGCCAAAAGUUUAACUAUUACACAACGUUUUGAAAACGGUGUCGAAAUACUGUUCCAUUCAGGAUUACGGAGUGAUCAGUGUUCAAAAGUGAAUUUGAUAGUGAAAAGCUCAAGAAAUUGAACAAACAUGUGUAUCCUCAAAUUGAAAAACGUGGAUAAAUGCAAAAUGAUCAACAGACAUAAACUUGGAAGGGCCCUUCAGGGUGUCCUGACUGAGGCUAGAACAGAGGGUCGAUUGAUCUGUGGCCUCCUUCCAGCCAUCUCCUGUCUGGAGAACUCUUUGGAGGAUGUCCUUCUCUGCGUUCUUCCUCAAACCAGACCUGGGGAUGCUACCACUCACAUGCAGACUGUCCUACUUCAGGCUUUCUGCUUCGAGAAUUAUAUCCCUGUCAUUCAGGUUGAUAGUAGUGAAAAACUAGCACAAUAUUGCGGAUUGGGGUCACGAAUGGAAUGUCCCUGCGCUGUUAUAACCAAAGACAUGGAGGGACGACAGGAUCCCCCUCUUUCGCCGUCAGAACAAGAAUUGACAGACUUUUACGAGUGCACCAUUGAGGAAUUUCCAAGACCUGUCUUGGAACUCCCGGGGUGAUUGAGCAAAAAUGAACAAGUGAUCUUAAUUGUGAUCAAAGGUUAAAAAAAUGAAAUUAUACCCAAGUUAUACCGGAGAUACGGUCACGGUAUGUGCUAUUGAUUUUAGCAGUCAUAUGAGAAUUACCGUAUUGUUAAUAAUUUGUUGAUAAGUUUGUAUUUGUAAUUAAUAUUGUUCUGGGAACAGUGUAUCACGAUGAAGGGAUCUCGUGAUAUACUUAUUGUACUUAUUGAUGAAUUAAGAAUGAUGUAUUUUAAGACAAUGUGUUCGAAUAAAUGAUUGACGAAA